AUACAGUCUUAACUAAGAUACAUAUAAUUCCCCAUAGGAGUGUCUUUGGUUUUGAUGUUAACACGGCUUGCCAGAGGUCCCCUCUGUCUUGGUCAUGUGAUAGCCUGCUGUCUGUGCCCGGCUCUGUCCAGCCCCGAGCAACAGAGGAGCAUCCUUUAUUUGGGCGGGUACAGAGGAGAUGAGCACCUGUCGAGUGAACUAUCGGCUGCCAACAGGGACAAAGCUAUUGAGGACAAGUGGGGCAGACUUCUACAACGCCAGACGGGCUUCACGUGGUAAUGGGGACACUUCGAGACCUACAGUUUGCCUUGCAACUUAAGAUUGAGGAGCUCCGCCAGCGGGACACACUCAUAGAUGAGUUGGAGCUGGAAUUGGAUACAAAGGAUGAGCUCAUUCGAGGACUGCAGGAUGAAUUGGAUCGCUACAGAGCCACUGUCAGCCUACCAGGACCUUCUGAAGCCGGAGCAGGUGCAGAACAUGCUUGCCAAGCUAAAAUGGAGAACAAGCAGGCAGCCAAGAGGAAAACCAUCAUUUCUGAGCCCUUUACUUUGGACCCAGUGACUCUGGCCAUGGUUUCUCACAGAAGCUGUGACAAAAGUCAGGAGUCCCAGAGGCUGAUUCAGGCAGCAUUUUUGAAAAAUGACUUGCUGAAGAACCUUGAUGAAGGAGAACUCAGAGCCAUCACAGCUUGUAUGUUUACCACCACCAUUAAUCAAGGCUGCUAUGUCAUACAGGAGGGGACCAAUGGAGCUCAGGCUUAUGUUUUAGAAGAAGGGAGGCUGGAAGUGACAAAAGACGGAUUGAAGCUUUUCACAAUUGAGCCAGGAGACGUUUUUGGAGAGCUGGCUCUUCUCUACAGCUGCACCCACACCUUUUCCAUCUCAGCACAGAAUGACAGCCAGCUGUGGGUUAUCGACCGCAAGAGCUACCAGACAAUCCUUAUGCAGAGUGGACUUAACAGCCUUUCUCACUCAAUGGAGCUUCUUAGCAGUGUUCCCUUCCUGCAGUCGUUGCCACAGGAUGUCAUCAUGAAGCUGUCUGAUCUUACUGAGCAGACACACUAUUCUGAUGGUGAAUAUAUCAUCCGGCAAGGGGCCACAGGAGACACUUUUUAUAUCAUAAGCAGAGGCCAGGUGAAAGUGAUAGAAAAGAAGCAGGGCCAUGACGAGCAGAUCGUCCUCUCUCAGCUCUGUGACGGACAGUGGUUUGGAGAAAAAGCUCUAUGGGGAGAGGAUAUUCGGACUGUGAAUGUGAUUGCCUCUGGUGAAGUGACAUGCCUGGUCAUUGACAGAGAGACCUUCAAAGAGAUCAUUGAUGGGUUGGUAUUUGACUGCAGUAAUGAUUUACAGCCAAGCCAGGAAUCUGAACCCAAGUCAGAUACAGAUCCUGAACUCUCAUUUCCCACUUUGAGUGCUUUCCAGAUAGUCUGCACUCUAGCAGUCGGGGAGUUUGGUCACGUAGACCUAGUGCAAGUGAGGGGCAACACCGAGCGUCUGUUUGCGAUGAGGGUCCUCAAGAAGAAGCUGAUCAUUAACAGUGGAAGACGAGAGCACAUUCUGAGAGAGGGACGCAUCCUGAUGGAGGCUUGUUGUCCAUUCAUAGUCAGGUUAUACAAAACAUUCAGAGACCCUGAGUGCCUGUACAUUUUGACAGAAGCGUGUCUUGGUGGGGAUCUCUGCAGUCUUCUUAAAGAUAAAGGAUAUCUGGAUGAAAGCAGCACCAGGUUCUACACUGCUUGUGUAAUUGAAGCUUUGACCUUUCUUCACUGUCGAGGUGUCUGCUAUAGAGACGUCAAACCUGAAAAUGUUGUUCUGGAUCAGCAUGGUUAUGCUAAACUGGUUGGCUCCAGGUGUCUAAAGAAUGUUGAGGUGGGUAAGAAAACGUGGACGUUCUGUGGUACACCAGGAUAUAUGGCACCUGAAAUCAUUCUAAACAAAGGCCACAGAGUAACUGCAGAUUUUUGGUCACUGGGAGUGUUUGUGUUUGAACUUCUGAGUGGUGGGCCCCCGUUCAGCAACUCAGACAUGAUGAAGAUUCUCACUGCAACCAUCCGAGGCAUUGAUUACAUUGACUUCCCAAAAAUCAUCAGCAAAAGUGCCACUAGUCUCAUAAAGAAGCUGUGCAGCCCCAGCAUGCACAAACAGAUAGAAGGAUAUUGGAGCAAUCCCUCAGAGAGAGUGGGCAGUCAGAGAAACGGGGCCAAGGACAUUCAGAAGCACAAAUGGUUUGAUGGAUUCAACUGGGACGGACUCUGUAAAAACACACUAAUCCCUCCAAUAAUUACUAAAGUUAAGCAUCCUUCGGACAGCACUACAUGUGAUCACUACACCGAGGGUUCAGUGGAUCUGGACACUAACUGGGAUGAUUUUUGAACAACCAGCUGUGAACCAAAAAGAAAACCAGUCUGAUAAUACAUUUUCAAUUCAAGGUUUAGUUCCCACAAGUAACUCACUGCCCCUGUCUUGCUGCUAUUAAGAAUCAGAAAUAUUUUCUGAAUAGAUGUAUUUUCAAAAAGAAAAGUAAUCACAGGUAUUGAUUGAUAAAUUUACCAUACUGCCUACUGUGUUGAGCUCAGACUGUUGUUUGUAGAAUACUUAAACUCUUUUUUUAACUGCCUAGUGCUGUCUCUGAAACUGACUGUGAAGUAAUUCACAUUUAUAACAAAAAAUAAAAGCUUAUUGAUCUUUCUGACAUCAAAUAUACCUCAAAAAAUCAACGGGGUUGUGUGACAAUGUUUUCAAUUUCACUGUUUCUCACAGCCUGGGAUUAUCCGAUUUCUCCCAAAUACAUCAGUAAAAGGUGUUUAAGAAGUGACGUCAGAAUGAACAAGAAAGCGUCAAGUCACAGAAAUGUAGAAAGAUGAAUACAGGAAGUUGUGUGAUGUGAGUUUCAAAAUAAAGUAACUUCAUCCAAUCAUUACAA